AUGGCUUGCCUUAACUGGAUAGUUCUGUUUUUUCUUCUUAUCUUCUAUAGCACUUUAAAUAGCGUCAUUUCGCAACGCUUCCCUUCAACUCGUCCCCCUGGAAUAUGGAAAAACAACCCAAAUAAUAGAAGCUGGAAUUUUAAUGAUGGGUCUCAAGUGAGACCCAUCCUAGCCAAGUACAGCUACGGCAGGCCAAAUUUUGGAUUUGGUUUUUUCAAAAAUGGAAGUACCAAUGCCUUCUAUCUAGUCGUAAUUAAAUUCCGAGCUGGAACCAUUUUUGCUACAAGUGAAUACGAUCCUCCUCCAAUAGUAGUUUGGUCUGCCAAUAGAGAUGAUCCCGUUGGAGAAAAUGCCACACUAGAACUAACUGCAAGUGGGAAUAUGGUAUUGAAAGAGAGUGAUGGCAGCCGUUUAUGGUCUACAAACACCAUUUGGAAAAAUUCUACCAGCAUAACUUUGAAUGGAGAAGGAGACUUGAGACUUGAAAACAAUGUGCAAGGUUUUCUCUGGCAUUCCUUUGCCAAUCCUACUGAUGCAUGGGUCCUGGGGCAGCACUUUCGUCUACCAAAACAAAUGAGCUCCAGUGUCUCAAGCACCAAUUUCUCUACAGGUAUGUUCUAUCUUACUAUUGGUGAUGGUGGCCUUCAGGCAUUUUUUGCUUCUGAUCCACCACAAAUGUACCGUGCCAUAUUUCUUUUUCAAAGGGACUACCUGUUAUACAAUUUUAGCUGCGGUUUUCUCAAUUACACCGAAGGACAUGUGUACUACGGGUCAGAAAGAGGAGAUUUCCAGUACAUAAGAUUGGAACCAAAUGGCCACCUCAACGUUUACCUACUUGUUGAUGGGUACAAGGAGACGCUAAUGGCUAAUCUUCUGGAAGAUAAGCAGCUUGGGGACUGUAUAUUUCCAACAGUAUGUGGCAGAUAUGGAAUUUGCAGUGAUGGAAGAUGCACUUGUCCUGGAGCAAGCAGAGAAAACGUAAGCUAUUUUAGGCCAUUAGAUGCCACCCAUCCCAGUUCUGGAUGUGAAGAAAUCAAUCCUCCCUCUUGCUUAGACACCAAACUUCACACCUUUCAAGAACUUGAGAAUGUCACCUACUCCAGUUUUGAACCUCAGUUAUAUCAUACAGAUAUAGACAGGUGCAAGAAGGAAUGUUUGAGUGAUUGCCAUUGCAAAGCAGCUUUCUUCAAAUAUGAAGUCAAAAUGUCAGAUGGAAAUUGUUCAUUGCUAACAGAGCUCUUCUCGCUGAUGGCUGUGGGAAAGUCAGCUUCAACUUAUAAUAACUUUGCGUUUAUCAAAGUACAGAGCCCAUCAGAUCGAAAGAAGUCAUUUUUGGUUUUGACAUUGGCAUCCUCUCUAUCGAGUCUCCUAAUUUUCACUGUACUUGUCAUUGGAUCACACUAUCAUUAUGCAAAGUGGAGGAAUAAAUUUUUCUUUGGGAGGCAGAGGGAGGAGAAUUUUACAGGUGAAUCUUCACUUGACGUAUCCACUGUGUUGAAGAAAUACUCUUUUGAAGAUAUGAUAUCUGCAACAAAAAAUUUCAAUUUGAUGCUUGGUAAAGGAGGAUUUGGGACAGUAUCCCAAGGUACUUUGGAAAAUGGUGAGAAAGUUGCUGUGAAACAAUUAGGUUCUGAUGUGCAGCAAGGCAAAAAGGAAUUCGUUGCAGAGGUCAAGACAGUAGGCAGAAUCCACCAUUUUAAUCUGGUUAGGUUGAUGGGAUACUGUGCAGAGAGAUUUAACAGGCUUCUUGUUUACGAGUAUAUGAGCAAUGGCUCUUUAGAUAAAUGGAUUUUCGAUCAAAGCAAAGCACAAGCUCUGACUUGGGAGAUUAGGCAGAAGAUCAUUGUUGGAAUAGCGAAGGGACUUGAGUAUUUGCAUUAUUAUUGCAAUAAAAAUAUCAUUCAUUUCGACAUUAAGCCUGAAAAUAUUCUCUUGGACAAAGAUUUUAAUGCAAAGAUUUCUGAUUUUGGCUUAGCAAGGUUGUUUGACAAGAAUCAAAGCCACGUGUCUUCUUUGCCAAGGGGAACACCCGGAUAUAUUGCCCCUGAGUUGAUUAGGGGCCAUGAUAUCACAGCCAAGAUUGAUGUCUACAGUCUUGGAGUUGUGAUCUUGGAAAUUAUUUGUGGACGGAGGAAUUUAGGUUCUCCAGGUGAUUAUCUGAUUGAUAUUGUGAAGAUGAAGGUAGAACAAGAUCGACUUGCUGAUCUUGUUGAUGACUGUAACAAUGAUAUGCAAGUCCAUAAAGAAGAUGCUGUUAAGGUGAUGAAGAUUGCAAUCUCAUGUCUACAGACAAAUCUCUGUAGAAGGCCCUCUGCAUCAAAAGUGGUGAAGUUUUUGGAAGGUUCGAUGGACAUAGAACCUAUAUCUGAUUAUAGUUUCUUAACUAUCAUCCAUGUUGAAGCACCAAUAGCUAUAGUUGAUAGAAUUGAUUCAUCUUUUCCCAUGCCCUCUAUUCUAUCAGGACCUAGGUAA